AUGGCUUCGCUUGAUGAGACAAGUACUGCGACACCAGUGGACAUUUCAGAUCUCGAGGAAGGAUUGAAAGCGUUAGACAGCGGGAAGGAUGGCCAUACUUCUGAUUCAAAUUCAAAUGUGCCUGAUGCUUACGAACAUGAGAGCGAUUGUGUCGGGGACAAGAAGUACAUCAAGGGCUCGGGUGUUAUCAAUAUCGAGCUUUACAAACAGCAGUAUCAUAAACCGAUUUACAAAGUGAUGCUUUAUUUCUCGAUAUUUUUGGUAGCAUACGUUUAUAGUUUGGACUCACUGGUACGAUUUACGUAUCAGUACCAGACAACUUCUAAGUUCAGGGACAAAAAUCAGUUGAGAACUGUUAAUUGCAUUAAAACUGUUAUGGGUACUGCUGGUCAGUUCGGUUUCGCUAGAUGUUCGGAUAUUUUUGGUAGAACAACUGUUCUCAAUUUUUCCAUUAUACUGUACAUUAUUGGUACUAUCAUCCAAUGCAAGGCUACCGAUAUUUCAAAAUUUAGUGCAGGCACCAUUCUUUAUCAGCUAGGUCUCAUAGGCAUACAGAUAAUGCUGGGAGUUAUUGCUAGUGAUUUCUCAGAUUUGAACUGGAGAUUAUUCGCAUCAUUUGUACCUGCGCUUCCCUUUGUGAUCAACAUUUGGAUCUGUGGUUUUAUUACACAGUUAAUUGGUGAUAGGUGGCAAUGGGGUAUUGGUAUGUUUGCCUUCAUCAUGCCUUGUGCAUGUAUUCCUCUAGCGUUUUGCUUGCUGCAUAUGAGAUACUUGGCCUACAAGAAUUGUCGAGGCAAGGUUCAGAAUGAGUUUAGGAUGUACAGGGUGUUGACAUUCCGUGACUACAUUGUUGACAUUUUCUUUUGGAGACUUGACCUCGUAGGAUUCGGUCUGCUGUGUGCAUUGUUUGGGUGUAUUUUAAUACCGCUGGUACUGGCAGGGGGGUCUUCCAAUCAUUGGCGCAACUUUCGAAUCAUAGUUCCUGAAGUAGUGGGUUGGGUGGUGGUAUUACCAAUUUUUUUGACUUGGGAGGCUAAAGGUGCAAAACAUCCCUUGUUGACAUGGGACUUCAUCGAGGAUCGUGGUAUCCUAGCGGCUUUAAUCAUCGCCUUCUACAUUAAUUUUGUCUAUCACUUACUUGGUGACUAUUUGUUCACUGUUUUGAUGAUCACUCUUGAUCAGUCAGUUCUGGCUUCCACGAGAAUCACUUCAAGUUACUCAUUUGUUUGUAUUAUCUGCGGUACUUUGAUUGGGUUGGUAAUCAUAAGGGCAAGAAGAACAAAGCCCUUCAUUAUUUUCGGCAUAGGCUGUUGGUUCUUAGCGUUGGGUUUGUUGGUUCACUUUUUUGGCAAUAGGCCAUUCAUGCCAGGAGUUACUGGAUCGUUAUGUUUGCUGGGUUUGGGAGCGGGAUUCUUCACAUACACUACCCAGGCCUCAAUUCAAGCAGCCAUUAAAACCCACGCCAAGAUGGCUGUUGUUACAGCCCUGUAUUUAUCCAUCUAUUCUAUUGGCUCAGCUGUCGGUUCCGCAAUCAGCGGUGCCAUAUGGACCAAUUUAUUGCCAAGAAAGAUAUUUAGAACCAUGAAUCACUCUGAUGCUACAGCGGCCUAUGACUCCCCUCAACUAUUCAUUCUCAACAACCCAUGGGGUUCUCCGGCCAGAAACGGUUUGAAUGAAGCAUACAGCUACGUACAAAAAAUGCUUUGUGUGGUAGCACUAUGUUUUUGUGUUCCUCUGCUGGCUGCAGCGCUCUUCUUGAGAAAUCAUAAGUUGCAGAGCACAGUGGCCUUAGAGAAUGUUGACGAAAAGCAGGUCAAGGAAGAUGAAAGGAGACAUGAUUUAAUUUGCAAGAUUCAAGAUCGCCGCCGGGCUAAGAAAGAGGGGAAUGAUGAUAAAUAA